AUGUCAUUUUCACGCGCGAAUUAUUUCACAAUAUUAUUUUAUGUUUUUUGAUUAUUGUGAUUACGUUAAAAAGAAAGACAAUCUCUGUUUCGUCGAAUACCUAUUGUCAAUAAUGCCUACGACUCGGAAAAAAGUUAUUAAAACAGUUUAUAAGGAUGAAGACAAUAGUGACGCAGAGAAUGCCGCUGGGGACUUCAGUGAUUCUGGUUCUGAAGCUGAGAUACCUGAACAUUCGAGUUCGGAAGAAGAUGAAGAAGAUGAGCAUUCUUCAGCUGAAGAGUUUGAUGAAAAAUCUAAGAAAAGGCAACCUCAAGCUAAGAAAGUAAGGAAACAAGAGUUUGCUAAGCAGUUAAUUAGCAAAAUAAACCGGCAAUCUUAUGCCGGCGAUGAAGAGCUAGAUGUUGCACCGACUCUCUUCUCCGUCAAAGAUUUGACUGAAACAGAUAAACUGCUACCUACUGUUUUAAAUUUAUCAGAAAGUGAUAGUAGUGAGGAUGAAUCUCCUAAAGCACCAUCUAAAAAGCAGACCCCGGCCACUAUCACAUCAAUGCGGCACCAAUCAGACAGUGAAAAUGAAUCUCCCUUGGAGUAUAAAGAUGUAUGGUCACAAAAUGUCCAAGAUAAUAGUGAGGAGGUUGCCAAGAAGACAUUUAUGGAACUUGAACAGCAUAAGGCUAAGAUUGAGGAGACAAAGGCUUCACUCCUGAAGUACCAAGCAUCAACAUCAAUCCAGGGGGGAGAGGUAGAUAUAAAGAACCUUUUAGCCCAGGGUGAAGAAGUUCUACCUGAGCCAACACCAGAAAAAAAGGGAAGAAAAGUCAAGAAGAAUGCAAAAGUUGAUAGCGACUCAGAAAUGGAAGACUGGGAAGAAGUAAAUGAGGCUAAAACAAUACCCCAACAAGGUUUACAACUUGUGGUAGACUUCCCUGAUGCUGCAUGUCGAAAGACGAAAAAGAAACUGGAUGUUGAAAUGAUGAUGAAAAGGAAAAUCAAUAGAGUGAAAAAAGAAUAUCAAGUUUAUAUGCACAAAGUGCAUGUCCUCUGCUGGUUGGGGCAUGGAAACCACAUCAGUCGGGUUUUAAAUAACCAAGAAAUUCUAGCAGCUGCCUUGUCAUUGGUUCCUUCGAAGGAGUGCUACCCAGGUGAAAGAGUGGACAUGAAAUAUCUUGAACAAAUUACAACUUGGUAUAAAGAUAAACUCUCAUUAAAUCAGGAUAAAAAUGAAAACAAAUUUCGGCCUAAAGCUCCGCCAUUAAAAGAUAUAUUGUUAGGACAAAUAAAAAGCAGAACUGUAACAACAAAAAAAUAUCUUGUUUUUAUUUUUGUCAGUAUGUUAAGAGCUUUAGGUUUACAAUGUCGAGUCAUGUUCAAUUUUGUCACCUUACCAAUUAAACCACCGAGUUCAGAACUUUGCUCACUUUCCACAAAACCAAAAGAUGAAAAGAAAAGUACAUGUGACAAAGUAAAAACUGAAAAAGCUCAGAACAAAGAAAAGAAAAAGACCACCAGCAGCAAAAACAAAUCAAAGCAAAAAAUACAACAAGUUGAUGGUAAUGAUGAUAGUUUCCUCUUAAGUGAUGAUGAUGCCAUGGAAAGCAUAACACAAUUGGAUGGAAAUGACGAUACAAAUGUUAAACCUAGAAAUACUAGAGCUACAAGAGCAAAAAAGAAAACAGAUGGCACAACUAAUGAUAUUGAGGAUGUCUCACCACCAAAAAGAGCUAGAAAAUGUCCAAGUCCGAAAGGUUCAAAAACUGCACCCAAGACUGUAGAGGCUAACAAAGACGUAACACAAAAACGAAAAAGAGCUACAAGAAAAGACGAAACAGAUAAAUCAAACCUCACAGACAAAUCAUCUGGAAUUUCAAAUUUUCAGCAAGAAAAAAUGGACGUCGACAAUCAAGAUGCUAAGCACACGUCUCCAAGUCCCCGAAAAACCAGGAAUACUGACAAAAAUAUCGGUACUAAGGCAGCAACAUCACAAAAGACUACGAAACCUGAAAAAUCCACGAACAAACUACUAAACCCACCUAAAAUUACAGUCACAAAUGACAAAACUGUAACUAAUAUAUCAAGCAAAUACUUUGAAAAUGAAAAGACAACAUCAGUGAAAUCAUCAAGGCUGAGUCUCAGCAGAAAUCGCUCACAGACUGCUAACCCAUCCACCUCACAGGAGACUGACGCUAAAACGGAUGACAAACUCGUUAAAUCAAAAUCAAGAACUAAAAGUGCCCCAGGGAGUUCUGUUGAAACCAGUAAAUACUUUACAAGUCCAGAAAAGAAACCUGAAAUAAAAAGAACGAAAAAUACAAAACUCUCUAGAAGAGAAGUAGCUAAAGAAGAUGCGCAAAGGGUUAGUCAUAGGGAUCUGGCGAAAGGUAAAGCUAAACCUAAAAACGAUGUCACGGGCGACCUCGUUGACAUCAUCAAGAAAAGAGUUAAAGAAGCAAAAGAAGACUCAAAAAUGGGCAUAGUGAAAGCAAAAGCCAAAAAAGAAUCAGAUGAAGAUAGUGACUAUUUACCUGAAGAAUUGCCGAAACGUCGCAGUUCCAAAAGCGAUGAAGAUUUCAAACCAACUAAAAUCAACCCUAAACCAAGUACAAGUACUGGUAAAAAGAGAAUCGACCGCCGCGUUUUAUCCUCGGAUUCUGAAGAAACUCCAAAGAACAAAUGUGAUGUCUGGUGUGAAGUUUUUGUUGAGGAACUGGAACAGUGGGUUGCGGUGGACGUGAUUAGAGCAAAAGUACAUUGUACUGGUGAGAUUUAUAAUCGUGCCACGCAUCCAGUUUGCUACAUAGUGGGCUGGGAUAACAACAACUACUUGAAGGAUCUCACUCGUCGCUACGUGCCACAUUGGAACACGGUCACCCGCAAGCAAAGAGCUGAGCCUGUUUGGUGGGAAACCGCCAUUAAACCAUGGCUCGGACCCAAGUCGGCCAGAGACCGCGAGGAAGACGAACAGUUAAACAGGAUGCAGUUGGAAGCACCAUUGCCUAAAAGCAUCGCUGAAUACAAGAACCAUCCUCUAUACGCGUUGAAACGCCAUCUCCUCAAGUUCGAGGCAAUCUACCCGCCGGAUGCGGCAACCCUCGGCUUCAUACGCGAAGAGCCGGUAUAUGCGCGAGAGUGCGUAUACGUCUGCCGGUCCAGGGACACUUGGCUUAAAGAGGCGAAGGUGGUGCGCCUUGGGGAGCAACCCUACAAGGUCGUCAAAGCGCGGCCUAAGUGGGAUAAGCUGUCCAAUAAAUUGAUCACUGACAAACCGCUGGAAGUGUUCGGGCCCUGGCAGGUACAGGACUACGAACCUCCGGUGGCUGAGAACGGGAUCGUGCCGCGCAACGCGUAUGGCAACGUCGAACUAUUCAAGGAUUGUAUGCUGCCUAAAGGGACUGUUCACAUCAAAUUGCCUGGUCUGAACCGAGUAGCGAAAAAGUUGAACAUCGACUGCGCGCCCGCCAUGACAGGGUUCGACUUUAACGGGGGUUGGUCGCACCCCGUGUAUGACGGCUUCGUCGUCUGCGAAGAGUUUCAGGAAGUUAUAACUGACGCUUGGGUCAAGGAUCAAGAGGAACAGGAGCGCAGAGAGCUCGAGAAAUUAGAAGCUCGUGUGUACGGCAACUGGAGGCGGCUGAUAAAGGGCCUGUUGAUCCGAGAGCGACUCAAAGAUAAAUAUGGAUUCGACGACCCUCCCGCGCCGGCGCAGAAGAAGAACAAAGGCCCUAAACUCGUUGUCAAGAAAAAAUAAUGUAAGUUUGUUAUACAUAUUUAGAAAGUAGAAGUAUGUUUGUUCAAAUCCAUAUUUUUUUAAGAAAAAACCAAAAUGAUUCACUUGUGUUGUGUGUGACUUUCCGUUAACAGUCGUCUGUUGGAUAUCCAUAAUUAUGUUCAUCAUUGUAUUUAAACUAAAAAAGUGGAGGUCCCAUAAUCAAAAACUUUUUAUACUUUCAAAAACCUGGUUGUGUACAAAGCAGUUCUGUAAAAUUGCAUGUUUAGUUUUAGAGUGAUGAAAUCACUUUGAGCCAGUAUAUUGUAACUAAUGUGAGUGUUAUUUAUUUAUUGUUUUUUAUAAGUGCUGGACACUGGCUUGUUUAGCAUUUAAGAAUGUUGUAAAAAUAAUUGUAUGGUGUUGCUACCUCAUUUUAACAUUCGCAAGAAAAGCUUUUUAUACGCCAUUUUAUAGAUUGAUAGAUAUUGCAAUAAUCAUGUGCCUAUAUUUUACUUUAAUGUAAAAUAAAUGAUACCAGUCAUCACAAUUUACUUAAUUU